CGAGUGCGACGCGCGCAGGCGCAUCAAAGACGCAGCGCCUGGUCCGGUCUGAAAGUGUCCGGUCUGAGAGUGUCCGAACUGUGGCGGCCGGAGAGGAGUGGCUGGAGCCGCUCGAAUAUCUACAUUACCAUCUCUGUGUCUGAUAGAGUUUGAUUGAUAAUGGAUAAUCUGUCAUCAGAAGAAAUUCAGCUCAGGGCUCAUCAAGUUACUGAUGAGUCUCUGGAAAGUACGAGGAGAAUCCUGAAUUUAGCCAUUGAGUCUCAGGAUACAGGAAUCAAGACCAUAACUAUGCUGGAUGAACAAGGGGAACAAUUAAACCGCAUAGAAGAAGGCAUGGACCAAAUAAAUAAAGACAUGAGAGAAGCAGAGAAGACCUUAACAGAACUCAACAAAUGCUGUGGCCUUUGUGUCUGCCCAUGUAAUAGAUUCUCAGAUGUUGGUUGUUUCUAUGAAACCAGACAUCAGCUGCAGUCUAGUUAUCAAAGGACGAAGAACUUUGAGUCUGGUAAGGCCUAUAAGGCCACAUGGGGAGAUGGUGGCGACAACUCACCUAGCAAUGUAGUAUCUAAGCAACCAAGCCGGGUAACAAAUGGUCAGCCUCAGCAAACAGCCACCGGAGCAGCCAGCGGUGGAUACAUUAAACGUAUAACUAAUGAUGCCAGAGAAGAUGAGAUGGAAGAGAACCUGACUCAAGUGGGCAGUAUCCUGGGAAAUCUAAAGAACAUGGCCUUGGACAUGGGCAAUGAAAUUGAAGCUCAAAAUCGACAAAUAGACCGGAUCACAGAAAAGGCCGACACCAACAAAGAUCGUAUUGACAUCGCCAAUACCAGAGCAAAGAAACUCAUUGACAGCUAAAGAUGCUGCUGUGCUUCUUUGCCAUUUAUUCACUUCUCUAGCUCCUCCUCCUACCUUUUCAGGGCUUGAAACUUUGUCCCCACAUUCUUCUAAUCAGAGGCAGUGUGGAAGAAGAGCUGAGGAGUAGCAGCCACCCUUUUUUAUUUUUUUUAAUUUUCUGUUUCUUUUGUGGGUAGACUGCUGGUCAUCCUUUCUUAGAGUAUUUUCUUUCUCAGUUCAUACUCUUAGACUUGUUUCAUAUAUCACAUGUAGUGUUUUUCACCCUCUCACUUACUUCACCAGGUUCUUUUGCUUUCAAGAGUUGGAAGCAUGGCCAAAGACAGCCAUGAAGAAGGUGGCCGUACAUGUGGAUUUUUUGUUUGGUUUUGGUUUUGUAGUGAGUGAACGGCAAGAGGGGAGGGGUAACAGAUGAGGUCACUUACCUCAGUAAAAACUUACAGGCCACAAAACAAAAAGUUGCAUAGCCACAGCAAAGAUCUACUUGGAUUUUGUUUUCAAUUUAAAUUGCAGUUUUUGCCAAGUAAGAGUAAUACUUGGCUUUGGAGCUUUUAUAUGCAAUAUUUUUGUCACUUGUCAUUAUUUUGUAACCUCAGCUCCAAGGAGAAUAGAAUGAGUUAACAUGAGCUUGGUUUCUGAACUAUUAGAGAUUCGUGUAUGUACAUGGAUUCUGUGAUCCCAUUUCAUAUUUCACAUGCAAGAAUACUUUGUAUAAAUGAGUAGCUUUUUAUUUUCAUAUUAUCAAUGGUAUCAUGAUUUCAUUAGAGGUUUAUUAACCUCAUAAAUUUGUCAUUAGUCUUUGAAAAAAUAGUAAAUAUUUACAUGUAACAUGAGAAUUAAAGCAGGGCUUAAAAAUUUUUGUAUAAGUUUGACAAAAUAUAUCAUGUGAAUUCAGAUUUACCUCAAUGCUAAGAAUUAUGUUUAGAUAGGGAAAAGAAAACUUAUUUUUGAUCUCAGGUAGAAAAAUAGAUUGCUUUGAGUUAAUAUGUAGCUUUAGACAUUUAAAAAGAAUUUAUUCUAACUAAAAGUGGUUUGGAAAAUUGUGCCUUUUGUUUAAUUAUUGAUGGUUGCACUAUUACUCUUUGCGUUGUCUAUUGAACUAUAUCCAGAAUCAAGUCUACGUAGACCCCAAACAGUGUUAUGAGAACCUAAUCGUCAUUUGUCACCUUUAAAAGCUAGCAUCUAGCUAGGUGCCGCUGGCUCACACCUGUAAUCCUAGUUACUUGGGAGGCAGAAAUCAGGAGGGUUGCAGCCCAGGCAAAUAGUUUGAGAGACUUAUCUCAAAAA